UCUUAGUCCCGGUUUCUUUGUGUCUCCUAUUCUCUACAGCCAUUUUGCUGCGUGUUUUACCACUCAGAGGAACGUGUCCCGGCGUGUUCACGUGGGAAAGUGACGUCAAUGCAUACCCUCUAGGCAUACAUAUAACAUGCGUUUAUGUGUUUGUUUUUAUGCUGUAUCCUAUGACCACACUUGGAUCUUCUUUAUUCUCGGGAGCAACACAUUUUUGCCUCUGUUAUUUAUUAACAUUAAACUUAAGCGGCUCGCCCAUGGCACAGUCAUAACUUCUGUCCUGGCAAAAAAAAUAAAAUCAAAAAAAUAAAAUCAGAGCACCCCCUGCUCAAAAUACGUUCCCGCGGCUAUGGACACACUCAAUACAUCAGAACAGUGACAAGACUCACGUGGGUGGGUGGAGAGGAAAGAGAACACACCGAGAGGACCGCCGGCCGAUGGUUAAUCUGAAACAUAAAGAUUUGGGUGUUUGUCUGAUUUCUCCUGCAGUUUGAGAAGUGGCAGAGAGAGCCAUGGAGACCGAUCCAGCAGAACCAUCUGUACACGUGUUUAUUAAUCAUAUAAUAAUCAUAACACACUCAGACCUCACCGCCACAACCAUCAAAACACAUCACCUGAAUAUAAGCUACAGAGUGUCACGCACAAGAGAAAUGAGGAAUAAUGAAGGACAGUGAGAGAAAUCUUCACUCAGCACCAUCUCUGCUGAAAUAUGCUGCCAAUUUCUAGUGAACAAUAAACAUCCCUGAAGCUCUCAAGUGGAAAAUGACCAUCAGCCAUCAGUGAGAGUGAGUCUACACACACAAACACACGCAUCCCGGCCGGGAGGUGACAGCAUUACGUCGUUCCCUCUGGAGGGACCACACAAGCAGAGCGCAGACUUCAGGGAACAACGCUGGAGCCUUUCAUCUGGACGCUGGAAUGAAGGACGAAGGGCUGAUGGAGGACAGGAGGAAGUGAAGGGAGAGAGAGAGCUGCCAGAGCCCACAGGCUGAGAAGACACAUGGAAGUAAAGUGAAUGAAGAACAUGUGAAGUGACAGCUUCCUCUUUGAAGUGGGCGAGAGAGACUCAGAUUAGCUGUGACGCUAAGCAUACAGCGGUGGACUGCGAAAUUGACCGCCGCGCUGAGUUUGGAGCGCGUUCAGACGCUCGCUGUGGACGAGGAGCAAUUCCUCCACACGAGGUCCCAGAUUCAUCAUCACAGAUCAUCAGGAGACAAAACACCAGCGUCUCUUUCAUGAUCAGAGAAAUGAAGUUGAUCUAGCAUCCACGCCAGUCGUCUGGCCAGCCCGUGUUACCCAGUGACGCGAUCGGCAGACUUUUCUGGGAAAGUCUGCGUGUGUAUAUAUGCAUACAUGUCUGCGUGUGUGUUUGUGCGUGAAUUUUUCCAAACCCGGUGUGAAUCUGAGCAGAAAUACACUGAAGAAUGAAUAACAUGUGAUUUUGUGUUCAAAAAAAGAUACACAACUUACUUUGGCAUGUAGUCACAUAUAAAACCCCACAAGCCACACGGUGUGUUUGAGCAUCAUCUCAUGUGUGAUGCAGUGUGUGUGUGUGUGUGUGUUUACAGCUCUGUGAUGUCAGAAGCAGCUCGUGUAUAUAAUUUGAACAUUCAUCUUGAGCUUCACAAGUCAGAGCAGAAGAGCUCAGCAGAACUUCAGACGAACUCCUCUGAUCUCAGGACAACAGCCCAAACACAAAUCAUUCUGAUGGAUUGUUAAGAGACCUUUGAGGAGCAGAAACACUACACCUGGAAACUUUGAGGAGACUGGAGUCGUGUCUCACGGGACAGAGGACUCGCAGACGCACACAAAGCUCGUUGUGUUAUUCAGAGAAGAGGAAGAUGUUGUGUUCUAGACGGGUUCUCCAGCAGUGGAUCUUUGCUCUUUUCUUACUGUGUUCUCCUGUCCCUCAUCACGGCCGGCCCGUCGAUGCCCUCAGCAGUCGCAUGAAGCGUUCAGUGACACACGCUCAGCUCAUGCAUGAUAAAGGCCGGACGCUGCAGGACCUGAAGAGGCGCAUGUGGCUGCAGGAGUUACUUCAUGAAGUGCACACGGCCGAGAUCCGUGAAGCUCAGCAGCAGAGCGGAGGAGGGAGCGCUCACACCGUCGCCGUGCCGAUAGAUGUGGGGCUCGCCGUGGGAACGGGCACCGUCCAUCCCAAACCCGCCGGGGGCACCAAGAACCUGCCCAUCAGCUUCCAGCUGGAGGAUGAGGAGGGCACCAACCUCCCGCAGGAAACCAAUAAAUCUCAAACGUACAAAGACAGCGCGCAGAAGGCCAACGGCAAGAGGAAGAAGAAGGGCCGAGCGGGGAAGAGGAGAGAGGGAGGGGGGAGGAAGAGGAGGGCUCGCUCGCUCGGACGAUCACCGCCGGAGGACAUCGGGAGCGGCUCGGGCCAGCACUAAAACACUGUCAGUCUCUGACGACGAUCUGCGAGGACAUUUGAAAUGGACACCGCAACAUUCAUGUCAAAGUGAGAGGAAAAUAUUUAUUACCUUGUAAAUAUUCUCAAAUCGCCCGAACAAUGACAAAGACAACGACACUGCUGAGCUCCACGCAUUGAGCUGCAGACUCCAAACCUUGUGAAUAGUUUUGCUUUACCUUCAUUUUGUUCUUUUAUUCUUUGUUCUUACAUGUAGGACUAUGCCUCUAUCACGGUGUCAGAAUUCCUGUAAUUUAUUUUGUUUGAAUGGUGUAUUUAUUUUGGUAAGGUAUCAGGUGCUGCUGAUAUUAUUUUUGUACUAUAAUGCACUUUAGAUAUAUAAAUAUAGAAAUAUAUACAGGUCAUUUUGUUACUGGAAGUAUUUUGUGGUUCAGUUGAAUGAAGACGUUUAUAAUCAUUCCUCCGUUUUGUUGUUUAUUCCACAACUUUUGUGUUUCUGUAUGUUGCUGGCUCUCUUACACAACCUAGCGAGUCGCCUUCCUAGACAGCAUCAUAAAACCUCAUAGUGAGUGUUGAUGAAUUGACAAAAACGUUCAUAACUUUAAAGAAACAUCGAUAAUUUGACAUAGAAUUUGUGUGAAGUAUGUAUUUGUUCAAUCAUUAUCUUAGUAACUGAGUCAAGUCCCCUAUGUAGAGCACGAAUUGUGUUGCUGUGUGUGAAUGGACGUCACACUAGGGUUUGAAACAGAGCUUUUGUGUAUUUUUGUUUCUUUGCUGACCUGAACGGGCACGACGACACACACAACCCUGAUAUCAUCCACAGACCCACCUGUACAUGUUCUAGAAUAACUCUUGUUGUUUUGCACUGAGAGAAAAACUGAAUGAAUUAAACAUCUGACAGUCUCAAA